GAAACGCGACACUCCGCAGACUGUAGUUACACAGUUUUAGUCGCCUUUUGAAGCAGUUUCCCCGCAGCGGAUAUCUGUUCAACGGAGUUUCGGUUUGUGGAGCCACUUUUUUCCCCAAGCUGAGCGACGCUACUUUAUUCCUGCACGGAUUUAACCGUUAAGACGCUUUCCAAACAGUGAAUGUUAGUUUUAGCAGGACCAGACCUCGAUAUCCACUGAAAACAUGGAAUCUUUUGAUGUUUGGAUGUGGAAUUAGGAGCCUUCGAAGUGAAUGGCCAUGUAGCCCAAAGGAAAUGGCCUGAAGCUGCAGCAGACACAUCCAGCCAGUCAUCCAAUAUUUUCCACCCUGGCUCAUCUGGAAAUCUGAGCCCCCCUCUUUCAGAGAUGGAUUUGGGGCCGUCAGCCCUCGUUGGUUCCUGGUCCUGCACUGACUUUUGGAAGCAUCAGAGUGUCUGUUAGUGAGGGACCCCCAACAGGCCCAGGAUGCCAGGAUGCCCAUCACUCAGGACAACGCCCUCAGCAUCCUCCCACUGCUGGAGAACUGGCACAGGGCUCAGACCACACGGUCACAGCAGGACCACAACCUGAAUCAAGACAACUCUGCCUACAAGCAUGUGGAUCAGGACUUGUACCAGAAUGGGGAGGGGGACAGUGUGUGCAGCAGCAGCAGUGCUAACAGUGUCUCUGUGGAGGACAUGUCCCUGUGUCUGGCUGCCAUUCAGAAGUUGGUGGAGUAUAUUAAAUUCAACUUCAUGGAGAGCGACGCGGCUCUGUCAGCCAGCCCGUCCUCCUGCAGGGAGGGGCUGGACGUCGAGGUUCACGCCGUCUCCCUCAGCAAAGACGAGAGCGACACCGCUGAGUUUGGCCUCAGCUUUGGGAACAUCCCUAUUUUUGGAGACCCUGACGGAAGAAAAAAGGGAGGAGGUCCGAGGAGGAGGAGGGACCAGGGGCCCAUCAUGGAUGUGGGCUGCAUCUGGGUGACAGAGGUGAGGAAGAGGAGCCCGGCAGCCCGCUGCGGGGGGAUCAAACUGAGAGACGAGCUGCUGUCACUCAACGGCCAGCUGAUGGUGGGAGUGGAUGUCAGUGGAGCCAGUUAUUUGGCUGACCAGUGUUGGAAUGGAGGCUGUAUCAACCUGAUCAUGCUGCGGCGAGUCAAGCGAAAGGCGCCUCUUCCUCCCUGUAACAUCAACGGCAGCAUCAGCCCCUCUGUCAGCAUUGACAGCUGGGAAGAGCAGCAGCAGGCCGCAACUACCUCCGAGCACCCUGACGGCUCUGCAAACUGCAAACGCACGCGCAAAUUUGGUGUCAUUUCACGAUCGUCCUUUAACCGAGACAAUCGGGACAGUACUGACUAUGACCUCCAGAGCUGGAACAACGGCUACAACUCUGCUAUUGCCACUGAUGCAGGAGUCAGUCCUCCAGGAGACGACUCAGGCUGCAUCUUCUCCCCACAGAAACCCACUGAGGAGAGCCCAGACACCUUUCCUCGGGGGAGGACUGUUCCUCAGCGCCUACAUAGUGGAGGCACUGCCACGCUGCCUGCGAGGUGUCACAGUCAGCUGAUAGAAUGCAAAAUGGAUUCUUUCAGCAGUGAACCUUCAAGUCAGCCCAGAGAGGGCAGCCACAUCUGGAAGAUGCACAUGGUGAAGGGCGAGGAGGGCCUGGGCAUCCAGAUAACAGGGGGGCGCGGCUCUAAGCGCUCCCCUCAUGGCAUCAUUAUAGCUCAUGUGGAGAAGGCGGGCGCCAUUCACAGGGAUGGUCGUCUCCAUGCUGGUGAUGAGUUGCUGAUGAUUAAUGGUCAGUCUCUCGUGGGUCUCACUCAUCAGGAGGCUGUUUCUAUCCUCCGCUCAACUACUGGUCUGGUCCAGCUGGUAGUGGCCAGCAGGGAGGAGUCAGAAGUUGGUUUCGAGCGUUUCCCCUCCACCAGUCUGCCAGACCUGGUCAGCACCUGCAACUCCCUGUCCUCCCUGUCUCAGACUGCUUCCUCUGACUCCCACCAGACCAACAACAGCAGCACCAGUUUGGACAACCCCUACCUGUUGACUAACUUGGCAAAACUGGAGGGACAGAGCCAGGGAGAGGCACCCAAAGGAUCCUGCUGCAGCCCCACGCCCAUGAAACUGUGCGGGCGAUCGCAGGGGGGGGGCAGUCGGCUGCAGUCAGUGGGAGAGGACGACGAGCUGUUUGUGGAGAAUGGCGUGAGCAGCUGUGACAUGGUGGAGAAGCCCCCGCCUGGCCGACGCAAACACUCCUUACCUCAACAGCUGGACACUGCUGGAGUGAGACAGGAAUAUCAAAUCAUUAAGAAAUCUGCUCGCUCCCUGAGCACUAUUCAAGUGGAGUCUCCAUGGCGACUAGCGCAGCCGUCCAUUAUCUCCAGUAUCGUGCUGAUGAAAGGCCAGGGCAAGGGCCUGGGAUUCAGUAUUGUUGGUGGGCAGGACUCAGCACGUGGUCAGAUGGGGAUUUUUGUGAAAACCAUCUUUCCUCAUGGAGCUGCAGCAGCUGAUGGAAGACUGAAAGAGGGAGACGAGAUUCUGGAGGUGAACGGAGAGUCUCUGCAGGGACUCACACACCAACAGGCCAUCCAGACCUUCAAGCAACUGAAGAAAGGUGUUGUGACCCUGACGAUUCGAACCCGUCUGCGCAGUCCCAGCCUGACACCCUGUCCCACCCCCACCCUCCUGAGCCGCUCCAGCUCACCCAACUCUAAUGCUAGCGGGGGGACACCGGUCCCCUCCGGGUUUGAAGAGGCUGAUGGCCACAAGGGCCCCGGUCCUGGUCCUAAAGACUGCAUCAUCAUGGAGGUCACACUUAACAAAGAGCCUGGUGUGGGUCUUGGGAUUGGAGUCUGCUGUCUGACUCUGGAGAACUCUGCUCCUGGUAUCUACAUCCACAGCCUGGCUCUGGGAUCUGUGGCCAAGAUGGAUGGCAGGCUCAGCCGUGGAGAUCAGAUACUGGAGGUGGACUCAGUCAGCCUCCGUCAUGCUGCUCUCAGUGAGGCCUACGCCAUCCUUAGUGAAUGUGGCCCCGGACCAGUCAGUCUCAUUAUAAGUAGGCACCCCAACCCCAAGGUAUCAGAGCAGGAGAUGGAUCACAUAAUAGCUCGAUCCACACACAGGGACAAAACCAACAAAAACAGACACUCGUCUCACUCCCAAGGUGUGUCCUGUAAGAGUUCCAGUCCAACAACAAAGGACAGACAGGGAGAAGGUUCACCUGCUCUCAGCUGGACCAUGAAGAGAUUCCUGGAGCCUGCCAGCAGGCAGGGGUCUCUGAGCUCAGAGGCAGAGUUAUCUCAGUAUUUCUCGCAGGAUGUUUCCAGCCACUCCUUCCUGUCUGAUUCCAUGCUUCUGGCCUCCAACAGUGAGGAGGUGCUCCACCAGCAGAGCUGCAGCACCUCCAUGGACGAAAGCUCGGCACAGCCUCACGAAGUGGAGAGUGGCCGCGUCUACAACGCAUCACAAGACAAGUCCCUGAAUCAGCACGUAGAGGCAGUUUGCCAGCCCAUCGCUGUGUCCAGCCCCGCCUCAGUGCGAAGCCCACUCCUUCGUCAGCGCCGGGUGAUGUGCUUUGAAGAUGAGCUCAGUGAUGACGAGGACUCAGACAACGCUGGAAACGCGGGGCUCUUCUCCAGGCCGGCUAAAUCUGAAUCUUUGAUCUUCAGUGAUGCACAAACAUCUGAAAACUCUAAAAUGGAUUCAGCGGUUUUAAGUGCUAAAUCAUCAUUAGAUAUCAAUGGAAACAGUGAGGACGGUGGAGAUCUGCAGACGUGUGGGAGCCGAGAUGUGACAGCACCUCUCUAUGGAAGUUUCUCACACGGUGAGGAAUGUAUAAACUCUGAGUCAACUAGUUCUCACUUGCCUGUCCGCUGCCCCUGUGACCCCAAAGCAGGGGCAGCCGGUAGUGCAGGCUCCGUGUCCAGUAAUUUGACCAUCAACAGUGAGAACUACACAACCCAAGAUGAUGGACAGGUAGAUUCAAAGCGCUCCCCGAAGCUUGAGCACAAAGCGGUGACACGGGUCAAAAACAUGAUGAGCAUUGAAGCACCAAACCUGCUGCAGCAGCAAAAGCCCAAAGCUGAUGAGCCAUCUCCAGGCUCGGGCCCCUCCCCACCACCUCCCCACGCCGCACAGUGUGGACGAAACCCCAAGACAGCUGGUGGCUUGGUACCCCAUCAGCACUGUAAGAGGGGAGAAGCAAGUGAGCUGGCAGGUGUUUGCACCAUCAACACCGUGACCCUGAGGAGAAGUGAGGACGAGUCGUUCGGUCUCGACCUGGAGAUUAUGUCAUCCCCUCUGAAAGUCGUCGUCACUGGGCUAAAGCCUGGAGGAGCAGCAGAAAGGGAGUCUAUGGGCAAACUGUGUCCUGGAGAUGAGAUCGUAAAAAUUGGAGAAAUGUUGGUGUGCUCCUCUACUUACCAGGAGAUCUGUGAGCUCAUGCACAACCUUCCUGUUACACUGUCCUUGGAAAUCAAGAGACCAGUUUCAGCUGUAGAUCGACUGUCCAGUUUGAUAAUGUCGUCAGGCAGCACUGAUGGAGCGACCAGACUGAACCCAGCUAGGUCUGUUCAAGGGACAUCUGAUGAAGCAAUAAAUGCAAAGUCAGGGAAUUCCAACCACACAACCCUAGCAGACCAAGACUUUCAAAUACCUAUCACCAAUAUAGAUGACAUAUUAUCAGAAGUGAGCCUCUAUGGUGAUACAGACCCACAAACCAAAUCCCCCAACAAAGCAGCUGAUGAGUCUGCAUCCUGCUGUUUAAUCCAACAUACUGUGACCCUGUCUGAGAAAGCUGACACUCAGGCUCCAGUACAGUCCACUUCCCUGGACUGUUCCAUCUUGGAUGCAGGAAAUGAAAAAGGCGCCAAUGAAAACACCUCUGCUGCUGUCAACCGAUCACAUCCUGACAGAUCUGACACUGGUCCUACAUGUAUGUACCCUGUAGGAGAUGACAGUGAUUCAAGCAGUGACUCUGCCACUGACAGCAGUGUGAUGGUCAAUAAAACAGCCAGUAGUGGUGGGAGUCUUCUUGAGCCCUCCUCAGAUGAGGAGGAAGUGGAGUUUUGUUCCUGUGAUGUUCAGCAACCUGCUGCUGAGGGACUCUCUCAGAUAAACCAGUCACCAAAUAAGUCUCAGCAUGAUAGCAAUCAGAAUUUAAACCGGGAUCAGAAUGGUGACAUGUUGAGGGUCUCUGCAGAUGUCUCACUGACAGACAAAGAUACCUCUGUUACAACAACCCAAUACUGUCAGCUCUCUCCAGAGCAACAGUCUGCCAACAGUACAAUGCCUGUGUCUUCUAUGAAGUGCCACAAUAAGAGUGCCAUUAAACUCUGUGACAACGUUAAAGCAUGUGUGGCAACCAAGCCUGGAAGUAUUUCCAGCAGCCAUUCCCCACCAGAUACCCACAGUGUUACUCAGGAAACUACUGCAAAUCUGCAUGCAGAUGCCAAUCUGACCUCAGAUUUGUUGAAGCAUUUGAAUUCGCAAACACCCCCUAUACCUUUGAAGGAAUCAGAGACCUUAGUUUUAAGCAUCAUCAAAUCAGAUACAAGAGCAUCAAUGAUAAGCAAAGAGAAGGCCUUGGAAGGUAGAACUAACUUAACCCCCCUUCUUGGGGUGCUCAAGAAGACCUCAGGGCUAAAACUUGAUCAUUCAGACCGCCCCAUGUGGAGUAGUAACCUUAAACACCAGGUUGAAACUCAGACCAAACCAAACACUCCCAAAUUGAAGGGCCUUAGUAUUAAGAGUAAGAACAAACCACAGGAGGAGCCUCUCCAAAAACUGAGUGAAAGUCCACUUCCUUUAAACACCAGUGCUUCCUUGAACCAGUCAACAAAAUUACCACAGACAGCGACCACCUCCAGCCUUCUGAAGACAAGUGACCAGUCUGGUUUGGACAAUUGCCUUGUUUUGUCCAAAACAAGUGACAGAGGGCAAGUUCCAACUCAGCCUGGGACUUCAGGUGGCACAUUACAGACUGUCCCACCUGCCAAGGAGAGUGACAUCUAUUUAGUCUCCAAAGCACCAGCCAAAUCACAGAGUCAAUCACACCAUCCUGCUACUCAGAGAACAUUUAUAGAAGUCCGACUGUCUUCCUUACCUGGUUUAUCAUCACCAGUUUUGGCACGUAAUGAAACAGUGAAUUUAAAAGACUCUAAAACCAUUCAAAGAGGUACCGAUGCAAGAUUUGCACCCUUGCUUUCUCCUGCUAACACAGUCUUUCAUUCACUGUGUUCUACUAAAGAAACGAAUACUGGCUCCAAAGCUAUUGUAGAUACAAGUGACGCUCUGAAGUCCAGCACGUCCAGAUUGUACAUUAAGACGAUGGAUAGGCGAAGCUUCACAGACACCGCCUUGUCCGCAGAUUAUAAUCCCUUCUCGGUCAGACACAAGAUAAAAUCCUUUGAAAACCUGGCAAACUUUGACAAGCCGAUGGCUAAAAGCAGUGACGUUCAGUCUUAUGCCGUGGCAUACCGAGCCUCGCUCAACCAGAGGAUUGCUGGUUAUAUGGGCUUGGUUAACUCUAUCGACUGCCGGGCACGUCAAAGAAGUUUUAGUUCCUAUGUGGAGAAUCUCAUCCCAACCACAGCCUGCUCACCUCUACAUGGUAAAUCUCCAUCUAGCAUUACGCUGAUAAACCUCGAGCUUCCAGCUUCCAGCUGUAAUGCAUCUCUCCCGACCGAAGACAGUCCCGAGGCUGUGGUUCAGAAAGCCCCAGAUGGGACCAGACUGCAGACCCCUCAGGUGCUGCGGAGGAAACACGACAGACUCCCCCGCAGCAGGUUGCGGCAGCUAAGAGCUCUCAGUAUGCCGGAGUUAGAGAAACUAUGCACAGAGGAGUUUACCAGAGCUGUGGAUUCAACUGAGUCUACACCUACGAACACCACAGUGACUGAGAGCUCUCCACCUACUGCCACCCCAACUAAAGUGGAUGUGAACAGGGUGAGCCGAGGGGAUCUUGGAUCCACUGAGGAGACUCCUCAAAGAGCCCCAGAGGGCCGUGGACAGCAGGCUGGCUGGUCAAUCAGUCUGAAGGAGCUGGCUGCUUCUCCUGAGAGUCAGUGUCAGCUGCAAACCCUGCUGUCCUCCCCGACAGUGAAGUCAUACGUGUCGGCCCUGCUCCAGGAGGCCAGGACCCUCUCAGAGGUGAACUACAAUACUCACCUAGUUGUCCUUAGUAAAGAGGAAGGCUCAGGACUUGGUUUCAGUAUUGCAGGUGGAGUUGACCUUGAGCAGAAGACAAUAAUCGUUCAUCGUGUCUUCACCAAAGGGACAGCGAGCCUGGAAGGUACAAUCCAGAGAGGGGACAGCAUUUUAUCCAUAAAUGGCACCAGUCUGGGAGGUAAAACCCACGGAGAGGCCGUGUCCUGCCUCCAUCAAGCCAGACUGUCCAAUCAAGCAUUAGUGGUCAUUUGGAGAGACAAGGACAGUGAGCCGAGUGUCUCUGACAUGCCUGACUCAGCUGGGCAGUCAAAGAGGAUAUGUCCUGACAGGAAGAAGUCUUUGGAAGCUGGAGCAGUGGUGGAUGUGGGUCCAGACGGAGCUUUAACGGUGGAGCUUCACAAGUCCUCUGCUGGCCUUGGAUUCAGUCUGGAAGGGGGAAAGUCCUCAAGUCAUGGAGACCGGCCUCUCAUUGUCAAACGCAUCUUUAAAGGAGGCGCUGCAGAGCAGUCCGGGUUGAUUGAAGUCGGCGAUGAAGUUCUGUCUAUCAACGGUUGCUCUCUGGAGGGCCUCAUGCACCACGAUGCCUGGAAAAUCAUCAAAGCCACUAACGAAGGACCCAACCAGCUCCUCAUCCGCAAGCCCAGGUCCUGACUGUACGAACACACUGACAGAAAGGUCCUAACGAGGGCUGACGUUAAACAGCCCUCUGAGGCAUGGUACGGACGAGCAGUUUCACACUUUUUACAGACUUUCUGAUGGACUCCGUUUGACAUUUUGUGUUUUGUCUUGUUAUGUGUGUUUGUACUUAGAAAUAGGUCAGUUUGGGUGGACCACUAACUAUUGUGUACAAUACUGAAUCAUGAUUUAUUUCAGAUUGGAAGUGCGGUUUGUUUACAAUAGAUUUCCUUUGGAACACUAAAGAAAAACGUUUUUUAA